AUGAUUUUUCCACUCCAUCUAACAGGCUCUAACAAUACGUUGGUCUCCAGACACAUAACCCUAAACCGCAACGCUUCCCAGCUGACAGUCGAAGAAAAUGCAGAAGUGCAGAUUUUCAUCAAUGUCUCUUCAGGUACAGAGGAGGCUGGGCAGUUUGGUUUUGUGCUUUACCAAAAUGACAAGUUCUUCAAGUCCAAGAUAUAUCGCAGCACCAUGAAUAUCAGCAGGAGGGUAAUCUCUGGGAGUGUUGCCAAUGGAGAGCUCAACAGUGUCGACCUUCUUUUCAAUCCAACGAAGUCUGAUGGUGUUAAACUAUAUGACCAUGCCUGCGUGUUCUGGGACUACAAGAAGGAUGACUGGAGUACAGAAAACUGCUCAAAGAGCAUAGAUGAGCAUAAUAAUCUGAGAUGUCACUGCAAUCAUACCACUAACUUUGCUGUGUUAAUGACCUUCAAGAACAAUUAUACUUAUUCUGAACCCCUGGACUGGAUAACAUAUAUGGGAUGCGGACUCUCAGGUGCAGGGCUCUGUGUUACUAUUCUAUAUCAUGUGUUGACCAGAAAGUCUCGUAAGACAAGAUCCACAAUGCCGCUGCUUAGCAUAUGCUUGUGCAUGUUGAUUGUCAACAUUCUCUUUAUCACUGGGAUUGGCAACCCCAACGCCGAUGAAGUGUCAGAGAGAUCCAACAGCAGCGAGAACACCUUGCUGUCCUCAGACCUGCUCCCUCCGCCUGACAAGGGCAGUUGCACAGCUGUUACUGCCCUGCUGCACUACUUUCUGCUGGGAACCUUUGCCUGGACGUCGCUGUAUGCCGUCCAGAUGUAUAUGAGUCUUGUCCAUGUGUUUUCUCAGCCCCCCCAACACUUCUCCAUGAUUAUAAUAGGAAUUGGCUGGGGUCUUCCUGCAGUGGUGGUAGCUAUAACAUUGGGAGCCACUUAUCGGGUUAAUAACCCAUUAAACUAUCGGCAAGAGGAGUUCUGCUGGUUGGCUGCACUGGAUAGAGAGGGGAAUUUUGACAUCACAAAGCCAAUGCUCUGGGGCUUCCUUCUUCCUGUGGCCAUCGUUCUCAUAUUUAACGGCGUUAUCUUUGUGAGCGUGAUGGCCUGUGUUUUGUUCAAGAACACUGCUUUAACUAGCACUAAACGGCAGUCGUACCUAAAGAAACUGAUAAGCAGCAUAUCUGUGGCAGUGGUGCUGGGGAUAACCUGGGUCCUGGGCUAUCUGAUGCUAAUUGACCACGAUGAGACACGACUCGUCUUCAGUUACAUAUUCUGCAUUAUAAACACCACUCAGGGGCUUCAGAUUUUCAUUUUGUUCACGGCUCGAGAUUCAGUCUUCCAAAAGAAGAUGAAAGACAUCGUUAACUCAAUCUCGCCACCUGAACUUCACCUGCAUUCACAGACAUUUAUGUUAAAAACGGAACAGCAGGAUUACGUCAGUGAAAGCUACAAGCAGUUUGAGAGCUUUUCCUCUACCACUUACACUAGCACAGUUUAGCCUUCCUAAGGCUCUGGAAACAUGCACCUGGGGCCUCGCAGGGCCUAGAUCCCCAUUAGAUAUCCAAAUAAUGCGUUUCAUUGGAAACUUAGUUGCAUUUCUGAAAGGAGAAUAUGCCCCUUAAUCAGAUAUGUAAUUAUCAAACCCUAUAUAUAUACUGCCACUUGUACUGCCCGCUGGCAUUAGACAUUCAUCUAAUUCAUAUACUUCAUUCAUCAUAGUUUUGCCAGCAUGAGAGUGGCUAACGAGCUCCAAUGGGCAAGGCCAUGGGCCAUUUCAUUCCAUUGGUGGCAUCUCGUUUCUAAAAUACUACACUGUACAACAGAGAAAGCUGAGACAUUUUUUUUAAAUACUUUUUUUUGAGGCUGCACUUGAUGUAAACGCUCCAGUGUGUAUUUCUAUUGGGCAAUGAUUUAUUGUUAGGUAUUCUUUUAAUUUUUAAUUAGUUGGGCUUGCGAAGCAAGAGUCCCGACUUUAAAUCUUCGACAUACUUCUUCUUCUUCUUAUUCUUUGGCACGCUACUCCUCUUACACCGUUUAAGCUACAAACGCCGUUCAAACUUUAAAACGUGUAGACCGGUCUGAAAUAGUGUGCUUGUAUACAACUUUUUGAUAUAUUUUAUACUUUUUAAGCUUUGUGUCCUCUUUUUGUCCAUCUUCAUUCACUUUAAUGGGACUUUUUCAACAUUCUAAAGCUCCCCAUUGUUUAAAAACUCAGACUUCCAACAUUCUAUUUACUGUAAAUGAUGUAACUUUUGACACAAAUCAGCUACUUUGACCACUUUCCCAACAAGUAAGACAAAAAGUUAGAGGGUAUGACAUCUUCCUCUACUUCUCUGCUAUUCCAAUAUGAAAUCAAAACAGAAAUAACUUUUACCAAUCAAGAGGUACACCUGUUUUAGUAACCGCACCAACUACGUUUUCUGUGAACUUUUAGAAAUAACUGCCGUUUUGACCACUUUCCCAACAAGUUAGACAAAUACUUAGAGGAAAUGAAAUCUUCAUCUACUUCUCAGGUAUUCAAAUAUGACAUCAAAACAGGAAUGGCGUCUACCAAUCAAGAGGUACAGCUGUUUUAGUAACCGCAUCAACUUCUUUCAGUAGGCUACUUCCCCCGUUGAAUUAACCAACUGUCAUAGAACUUUGAGAAAUUUCAAAUUAUAGCACAUUCUAAGCUAAGACAAUUAGUAAACAAUGUGACUUUUGACACAAAUCAGCUACUUUGACCACUUUCCCAACAAGUUAGACAAAAGGUUAGAGUGUAUGAAAUCUUCAUCUUCUUCUCUGCUAUUCAAAUCUGAAAUCAGUUCAAAAAUAUCUUCUCCCAAUCAAACGGUACAUGUCUGAUGAAAUGUGUGAUCUAACUGCCCCACAGUCCAAAGUAAUAAAGUUGAUAUAGUAGUCUAUCAAAGUAAUCAGACCAAUUAUUUUACUAAAUUUAACUUUGAUUGUAUGUAACUGCUUUGCUUUAAAAAGUAAAACUUUUUAAACUUCUUCCACUACCACAAAAAUACUUUUAAAGCGCUAAAGCAAGCCCCACAACUUUACUUGUAAAGUUACCAUCUAGUUAUAUCCAGAAUUGCUCGUCUGCAUUUUACUUUGGCAGAGAAGCAAGUUCAGUAAAAAGUCCAGUUUUUGCUCUACACAAGUUUAGUCCUGGUUCAAACUACCAUUUGUUAUAAUAAUACUGAGCAGACCAGCAGGGACCAGGGAAUGGAAUCUCUUGACAUGGAGUAGAAGCACCAUUGAAGAUUCAUUUCUGUACCCUGGUCAGCGGUAUAAUAAUGCAGCAUCAUGUUCUUACAGUAUUUCCUUCCCCUCUCUCUUCAAACUGCACACCCUACAUGCAUUGGUCAUAAUACAAACGGAAAAAAACCUGCUGCAGUCAUACUUGCUGAUUGAUAAAGCUUUACAUGUUAAGGAGGGCAGAACCUGUUCUACUGUAUGUAAAUUUAAAAUAUCAGAAUAUAUGGGAAUGUGUCCAUUUAAAAAUAUGUAUGUAUUUUAAAUUAAACAAUUGGGAUUGGUUGAACAAAAAACAAAUAAACAUGGGGCAAACAAA